UUCUCCAUUAUCAUUAUGUAUGUGUCCUGUGUACUCAAAGAUAGACCAAAGCUGGCCUUCUCUGCUGGUUUGACUAACUCAGGAAAAGUAGGACCUUUCAAUACUGAGACCAAACUGAUCUACACCAAAGUCUUCACAAACAUCGGCAACACCUACAACCCACAUACAGGUAUCUUCACAGCACCAGUGAGAGGAGUCUACUACUUCCGAUUCUCUAUGGUUUCUUAUGAAACCGCAUUGCUUGGGGGUCUAAACAUGUACAGGAAUGGCCAGAGAAUAUUGCAUAAUGGUCAGUAUUACAAUGCUGGGAAUGAGUAUGUGUGCAAUGGAGUGACUCUGCAUCUGCAAAAGGGUGAUACGGUCCAUAUGCGCCUUCCCAACGGCUGGGCAGUGUAUGACGAUGAUUCUAACCACAGCACCUUCAGUGGCUUCCUGCUCUUCCCUAUGUGAGAAUAAUCUACUGGUAUAAAGCCUCCUAUAGGGCUCAAUGUUAUUUUGACAUAGUCAUAUACAUGGAUAAACAUUCCAAUGGACUGCCAAACGUUGGUUGCCCAAUAAAUAACUGUGAGAAAUAUAAA